GCACUGAAAUCAGGUGAGGCUGACAGGGUGGUAACUGGGAAACAUGGAUUUUGCUGUAUUUUAGGUUUACACAUGCACAGACCCAUUCUCCUUCAUAGAAAUACACAGCCCGGUCUUGGCAGGAUGAGGAACGGUAACAAACCUCCUCCUGUCAGCGAGGAACCGCGGCGCUGGGUGAUGAGGAAAGGGGGAGAAGCGCUUUGGCCCCGCCGCGCCUCUUUGGUCACUUGGGGCGAACGAGACCCGCGGCUGUCCGCGCAAGCUGCAACACCCCCUUUUCUCCUCCCUCUCCUCCUUCUCCUCCUCCCGGAAAGGCGGCCGGGCCCCGCUCCCCGCCUAGGCGGGAGGUGCACAGCGCACGCCGCCCACCGCCACCGGAACAAAAGGGGCGGCUGCAUGGUGCCGGCGGAGCGCCGCGCCGCUCCGCGCCCCGGUCCGCGUCCCGCUCUGCGGCCCCGCUCCUCUCCGCGCCCCGCACCGCGCCGCCAUGUCGGGCAGCGGCGGCAACAGCAGCAACAGCGCGGUGAAGAAGAGGAGCCCGGCGGGCUCGGCCUCCUCGCUGGCGCAGCAGGAGGAGAAGCAGGCGAUGGAGAAGAUGCUGGAGGCGGGGGACGGCGGGGCGCAGGAGAACGGCUGCGCCCGGUCGCCCUCGCCAUGCGCUUCGGCUGAGGGCGAGGGGGUGACCCUGCAGCGCUCCAUCACGCUGCUCAACGGCGUGGCCAUCAUCGUAGGCACCAUCAUCGGCUCCGGCAUCUUCGUCACCCCCACCGGCGUGCUGCGGGAGGCCGGCUCGCCGGGGCUGUCGCUGGUGGUGUGGGCCGUCUGCGGGGCCUUCUCCAUCGUGGGUGCCCUCUGCUAUGCUGAGCUGGGUACCACCAUCACCAAGUCCGGCGGGGACUAUGCCUACAUGCUGGAGGUGUACGGCUCCCUGCCUGCCUUCCUCAAGCUCUGGAUAGAGCUGCUCAUCAUCCGGCCCUCCUCGCAGUACAUCGUGGCUCUGGUCUUCGCCACCUACCUGCUCAAGCCUAUCUUCCCCACCUGCCCUGUGCCCGACGAGGCUGCCAAGCUGGUGGCCUGUCUCUGUGUCCUGCUCCUCACAGCAGUGAACUGUUACAGCGUGAAAGCUGCCACUCGUGUUCAGGAUGCCUUUGCUGCGGCAAAGCUGCUGGCGCUGGCUCUCAUCAUCAUUCUUGGCUUCGUGCAGCUUGCAAAGGGUGAUGUGUCAAACCUGACUCCUGAGCACUCCUUUGAAGGCAUGAAAGUAGGCGUGGGGAACAUCGUGCUAGCUUUGUACAGUGGUCUCUUUGCCUAUGGAGGAUGGAAUUACUUGAAUUUUGUUACAGAAGAGAUGAUAAAUCCCUACAGAAACCUGCCUCUGGCUAUCAUCAUCUCACUACCUGUAGUCACUUUGGUUUAUGUGCUGACAAACUUGGCUUACUUCACGACCCUGUCGACAGAGCAGAUGCUGACAUCCGAAGCUGUGGCUGUGGAUUUUGGGAACUAUCACCUUGGCGUCAUGUCCUGGAUCAUACCCGUCUUUGUUGGCUUAUCCUGCUUCGGAUCUGUUAAUGGAUCCCUCUUCACUUCUUCCCGGCUGUUCUUUGUGGGAUCCCGAGAAGGACACCUGCCCUCAAUCCUGUCUAUGAUUCACCCCAGGCUUCUCACUCCCGUGCCAUCGCUCGUCUUUACAUGCAUCAUGACUCUGCUCUAUGCCUUUUCCAACAACAUUUUCUCAGUCAUCAACUUCUUCAGCUUCUUCAAUUGGCUGUGCGUGGCUCUGGCCAUCAUUGGCAUGAUGUGGCUGCGUUACAAGAAGCCAGAGCUGGAAAGGCCCAUCAAGGUGAACAUCUGCCUGCCCAUUUUCUUCAUCCUGGCCUGCUUGUUUCUUAUUGCUGUUUCCUUCUGGAUGACACCAAAGGAAUGUGCGAUUGGCUUUGCGAUCAUCUUCAGUGGGAUCCCUGUUUACUUCUUCGGGGUCUGGUGGCAAAACAAGCCCGAGUGGGUUCGCCAACUCAUCUUCUCCGCAACAGUCCUGUGCCAGAAGCUGAUGGAAGUGGUUCCACAAGAAUCAUAAGUGGGAAAAGCAGAGACAUUCAGCUUGAGGAAACGCACAAUCUUAUUUUAAGACGACACAAGGAGAAAACGCUUCUGAUCCCUCGUAAACGAAUCCUAGGCACUGGAGCACCCCAUCAGAGCUGCUUCGUGUCUGACACCAUGCAACCAGCUCUGCCUUGCCUCCACCAGCCCCUCCAUCACCACCCUUCAGCCUGACAGAUGGGCAGCCCUGUGAUGAGAAGCUCUUGGUACGAAUGGGAGCCAGGAGGAGGAAUUCCAGCCGGGAGCUUCCACAGGGGUCCUGCCUGUCCAGCAGCAGGAAGUCUGAUAGCAUCUGUGUGUGUGUGUGUGUGUGAUACUAAGGGCUGUAUUUCAGUUCUGUGUAGGCUUACUUGGCUUGGGUUUGGGUCUGGGAUCCCCCAGACAACAGCAGAUCUGCUCGUGAGCCCGGUUUGAGUGUUCCCAGCCCUAAAAAUGUGCCUGUGCCUGGGUCUGGGACUGUCACAGAGCCGCAGGGUGGUCCUGAGCCUGGCCCACUGGCCUUUCCUGGACAACGGGGGGUGGUUGGGAAGUGAAGGUUGCCUGAUGUUGUCUCACACACACACACAAACGCAUACCAAAACACACGCUGCUGGAUGCUUUGGACUCUGUCCACUGGCAGUGACUUAAGUGAGACAAGGCAGAGCAGAAUUAGUGUCAGAGAAAUGAUGUGGGGAGGCCUUGUCUGAUUUUCAUUGCAUUCCUGACUAGAGCACUCGGGGGUCCCCUGCCACUGCCUAGCUUUGAGCUCUCAGAUCCAAGCCAUCCCCCUGCUAUUAAGCCGGUCCUCUGGGAUACUCUUCACCACAGUGCCCAUCCUGUGGCCCUGUGAAUUAUCACUGGGGCAGGUACAGGCCUGAGGGUGGACUUGCUCCUGAUAAACCCAGGGAAUAGCACUUAGCAGAAGGCCCAGUGCUUGGCUUGCUCACUCCAUGUUUCUCUGUAGAUAGAUAGGCUAUCAUCCAGUGUGGGAUGAGCGGCAUCAUGCUAUCCACAUGGCCCUGUUCAUUGCCCACAGCGUGAUUCGUGAUUGCUCCUAAAUCAUUUGCAAAGAGAGAAUAAGCGUGGGAUUCCCUUAGCUUGUUCCCCUGGGGUUGGCCUGUGCAUUGCCUGUUGCUGUGCCCUGUGUCUCUGUAUCUUCUACAACAUGCAGUGGAGAUGGGACCAGCUGGGACUGGGGGUAUAGAAAAGGGCAGAUGUCUCCAGAUGCUGGAGCCUGGGUUUAAUCUUGGUCUGCUGUAGAUGGUCUGUUUUGCUCUGAGAAGCAGGGACUGGGGCCCUGGUCCUCCUUCGUGCAAAACUGCAGCAUCAGGUUUGUCUUGGUGAGAUGCCCCCACCAACAUCCUUAUGCUCAGGGAGCAGUCUUUGAGCAUAAACCAUGUUCUGCAUGUGAAGUCUUGUUUUGCUGUUGUGGUGGUGCAGUCCCAUCCCCUGAGCCCACCCAAAAUUCCUCUAGUUUCCGUGUAGUCAAAACUGUCCUCUAAGGGACAUGUUACUUUAUUUGGUCAAAAGCAUCGCCUUUUCAGCAAAACUGCAGUUGUGAACAAUUUGCUUAUCACGCCUCUGCACUUGAGGUGAUAGUCACUUGGAAAUCAAAAGCAUCUUUUCCCCACAAGUGAGCUGCUUCAGUCUCCGUUACAGAUCUUUGUGCUUGUGCUUUCUGCAAAUGGGUCGUUAAACUACUUUUUUUCCUCAAUAUUUCUGUAAACUAAGAUGUUUGGAAGCCAGGAUCCUCCAAGAGCUAAUGCUUUCUACUGGAUUCUUCUCGUAGUAUACAGUUAUUUUGGAUGACAAGGCAUUAAGGACAUCAAUGGUACUAGCUCAUGCUUUGUUGUUUUAAGUUCUUUAGCAAAAAAAAGGGGUUGUGUGUUAUAGCAGGUGGCAGCUUCUGUCCGAGUGUGUGUGACAGUGACUGUGGCUUUGUCAGCAAGUGUCUACGUGCUGCUCUUUGCUAUUGCUUCACCAACCAUUUGUCUUUGCUUUGAGGUAGUGCAGGAGGAAUAGGUGAGACAAUCAUGACACUGAGAACCUUUGCUGUCAGGUUGCUUAUUCCAUGGCAGCACAGCAUAGAGAUACCCAAGCCAGCCCUGUGCCACUCUGGAUGUGUUAGCAUUGAGCUGUCCUGGAGCUCAGUUAACCUCUGGGGAGUUGCAGCUCGUUUGGGUAUACCUACAGCGUAGAAGAACCCAAAGUUCAUGGCCAGUGCCUGGCUGUUAAGGGGACCUAUGUGCAAUGAAUUGGAGCAUCUCAGAUCCAGUGCCUGUGGAGAGAAGUUUGCAUAAAUAAGGUCAUGAACCAUAAAACCCGAACUCAAUUUUUGGAAUCCUUUUGCAGCUGAAGGCUGAGAGGUUUUGGCAGGGUAGUGAUGAGAAGUCACUGCUUACGCUGGACCUGUUCCAUGGAGAGGGAACCUCAGUCUGUUAUGUCCCACUUGGUCUGCAGGUUUUUUUGGCUAUACUGGUCUCAGGACCAGCUCCCUGCAGGGCCUGGGCUCAUCAUAGGGGCUCUUAGUGCUAACACAUACCAGCAGAAUCACUCGCGAUGCAAAGGAAAGAGAUUUUAACUCUGCCACCUCAAUACAACGUAAAUUAGCACUCAAGUCCAAUCCAUAGAGAGCUCAGAAAUGGGUCCAAAUCUCUCCAAAACAUGGGGAUUGCUUGGUUUGGAGACAUCUUUAAAUGAGUUUUCAGUGAAGACCAUCACUGCAGAAUUCCCUCUUGGUGAACCUUUUACACUGGUUUUAAAGAGGAGAUGUCACACUGAGAAAUAUUUUUUUAUUAAUUAACUGAUCUUAGUUAAAUCCUUCAGUCGCUUGCUUGCUCUUUAUGAAUUUUCAUGAUUUUUCACUUGCUGCUAAAGAUCUUUCUCUUGUACUAACCUGCUGGCUCUGGCAUUGAUACCGUAUGUUUCAUGGUGAUUUCACUAGCAUCCCCCUGGCAAUAGAGGUUUAGGAAGAAACUGAACCAGGUACCAGCACAGAAUGACAAAAAUGUUGAAUUUGGUCAGCCACAGUUCACAUCUCAAAGUUUACCUUUCAAAAACCUGAUUUCUUUUAUCCCUGAUUCAUUGACCUCGAUAGUUCCCCUCUACCAGGGCUUGGUGACAUGGCUGUAAGAGGUUGGCUUAUUUUUUCCUGGGGAUUAAGGAGAUAAUGAGGAAAGGGGUGAAAAACUUAAUUCCAUUUUAUAAAGUAAACUUAAGAAAGUAAUUUCUCCAAUGGGUGAAACUCCUGCCAACAGUAUCUGCUAGUGUGACAGCUUGUAACUUGUAUCAGCAGCCAGGAGUGUCUGCUGCCUUCAGGCUUGCCAUGCUCAACUGGAUUUUGGUAUGGAAAAAGAGAGGAUAUAUCCCCAUCAAAGAGCUCCCUGCCGCUUGGUUUCCUGAAAUGUGGAAUGAGAUGCAGGGAGGAACAGAGACUUCACAGGAAAUGUCUUGCCAUUUCCAACGCCGUAUGUGGGAUUUUUCUGUUGUUUCUCUGUUUGCUUGUACUCUUUUCGAGGCCAUGAUCAGUCACGCCUGUUGAAUGAGAGGUAUACCCUUCCAGUAAAGUACAUAUACAGCCACAGUCCAUGAAUUGGCUUUCCUAAACAGUAGCUACAGUUAAUCGAGGUACCGUGUGAAUCUAUUUCAUGAGACAGUAUUGUGCAAACGCAGCCAGAGCGGCUGCAUCAGUGGAAUCAUGUAGAUUGGAAAAGACCUUCAAGAUCUUUGAGUCCAGCCGUGGAGCCCUGGCUGUGUAUUUCUGCAAGUGAUGGCUGUGCUGCAAGUAGUCCCUUGGUCCUUGUACUAACUCCCCCUUUUCAGUUACUGCUGUUCUUAUCUUGUUUUGAAGUAUUUAGAGUCCCAGGAAGUCAGUUGUUAGGGGGUGUUCACGGAAUAGCAUCCCACAGGGAUUGCUAAACAGGCAGGAGCUGGCAGCCGGGUGCUUCCUUACCCAUUGGGUUCCUCUUUCUAAAUGAGAAACCUUCUUCUCCACAGUGAGGGGAACCAGCCCUGCAGAAUGCUCCUGGUCAAAAAUGAGGGGAUUUAAGUAAUCCUGGGUGGAUUUUUUUGUUAAUGAUGUUUUAAACUUCCUGCAGUA